CUGUAACCUAAAAUAGAAGUAUGUGAUAUAGAAAAUGUAUAAAUUGCACGAUGCUUUACGUUUAACGCAAUAAAAUGCAGAAAUUCCUUAAAGAGCAAUAAUCUGGGAGCUCUCCAAUUCCAAUUAUAAUGUUCUUGCACAAAAUAUUUGGAUUUCGAACGUUAUUGGCAAUACAAUAGGGUAAGCUGAAGAGUACCAGUGGCGAUAAAGUAAUCGAUAAAAUUAGUAAUUAGAAUCGUUAUUAAGAAAUUUACAUGUCAUUUUUAUCGAAUUCGCUAUGCAAAGUAUUCUUGUAAACGUUGUUCUGUAUACAUCGUAGAACUCGUAAAAUAAAUUAUUUGUUUUACCUAGAGUAAAAAUAAACGAACACGCGAUGCACAGUGAUGCAUAGUUCUGAAGAUGUGAUCGUAAACAAACAUCAAUUUAACACUUUGCAAAUAAAUAUAAAACUUUGCCUACACGAAAAUGAUUAAUACAGUGUAUUUUAAUAUAUAUCUGCUAAAUUAAAGUUUCUAAGUGUUAAUCAUAAAUAAAAAUCCACUAGUAGAUCAAAUGAAUUGAAAAUGACUUAUACCUUUUGAUAGUUCCAUUAGAAGAACCAUCAUUAGUCAUAAUGCCUGGUAAAAUAAAAGUCAAAGUAUUAGCAGGACGUAAUUUACCAGUAAUGGAUCGUUCGGGUGAUACAACAGAUGCUUAUGUCGAAUUGAAGUUUGGCAAUAUAACUUACAAGACAGAUGUGUGCAGAAAAUCCCUGAAUCCUCAAUGGAAUUCGGAAUGGUAUCGAUUUGAAGUUGAUGAUUCUGAACUGCAAGAUGAACCAUUACAAAUUAGAUUGAUGGACCAUGACACAUAUUCUGCAAAUGAUGCAAUAGGCAAAGUUUAUGUAAAUUUAAAUCCAUUACUGUUGCCAGGAGUUCCUCCUACAGUUAAAAACAUUUGGACACUGGAGGCUGCUAUGAAUACAAACACUGGUUCUCAGAGUGGUUCUGUCUUGACUGGGUGGAUACCAGUGUACGAUACAAUGCAUGGUAUUCGUGGGGAAGUUAAUAUUAUAGUUAAAGUGGAAUUAUUUUCUGAUUUUAACAAGUUCAGACAAUCCUCGUGUGGAGUACAAUUUUUUUAUUCACCAAAUAUACCUCAUGGGUAUCAUACUCAGAGCAUACAUGGUUUUGUAGAAGAAUUAGUUGUUAGCGACGAUCCUGAAUACAAAUGGAUUGAUAAAAUAAGGACACCUAGAGCCUCAAAUGAAGCACGCCAAACGUUAUUUUUUAAACUUAGCGGGGAAGUUCAGAGAAAAAUUGGACUGAAAGCAUUGGAUCUUGGUGGAAAUGCUGUUAUUGGAUAUUUACAAAAUUUUGAUCUGGAAGGUGAAUCUGGUAUUGUGGCUCGCGGAAUAGGUACUGCUGUUACUCUUGUAAAGUUACAAGAUACUUUAAACUUGCCCUCUGAUAACAUUGAAGAGGCAUUCUUUUUACAACACAAAGCACAAAAGGAACGUGCAGGACUCGAUGAAAGUAUGCCGCUAUAUCCUGUUAAUCCUACACAUAUCCCUGAUUCUCUUAUUACAAAUACGAGACCCAUGCACAUAAAAGACAAUUUUCCACGUCGUUUAAAGUUUUCUAGAAGUCCAAAACAAACCGUAAGAACGUAUGAAUAUUCCUGUGAUGAAUCAGACGGCGCAAAGAUUACUGAAAAGCCAACGAAGAAAAGUGAUUUAAAGAUGUCUGCAGUCUCUUACUCGAGUUUAUCGGAAUCAGUAAUUCAAGACGCCUCUGUAAGAAUGAUGUUGGCUUUGGAAGAUGAAAGAGGCGAAGGCAAUAAAGGCAUAUUGGACGUUCGUGUGAAAAACUUGAAAAAGUUAUUUGGUUCGAGCGAUACAGAUACCAAAAUAACCGGUUCACGAUCAAGCAUCUCAGCUAGAUCUUCCAUCGUGAGUAUACGUAAUCCAAUGAAAGAAAAAUUAUCGAAAAACACUAAAGCUACAGAAGGUAUAGCAGCUCUUCUGAUCAAAUCUAUACACAGCGUACCUUUGGAGAAUGUCAAUGAAAGUCAUGAGACUCCAACAGAACUUUCUCCACCUAGUAGCGUAAAGGAAGAUUACGACUAUUCGGAACAUCAAGUUAUCGAAAAUCGUGAAAGUCAGAAGAGAGGAAAGCGAGUUGACUGCAAAGAUGAAACUCGUGUAAAAUCAAAAGAACAAAUAAAGGAACAACAUGAUUCCUCAUUUGAAGAAAACACGCCUAGCUCUAAUGAUUUUUCAGACGAGUCUUCAAUCGACAGCGCCAAAUAUGGCAUUCUACGCGGUUCAAAGUUUCCAAGUGAUUAUGCAUUACAAGUAAACAAGAAAGUUGCGAAAACACUCUCCAGGACUAAUACUUUCCCCCCAUUGAAAACGAGAUCAUGGCAAAUAAUAUUACAAAGGACGGAUACCGAAAUGCGUCCUCUUCACGAAGAAAGCACGCCUCCACUUAUUAAAUAUUCAUCUAUGGAUCAAAUGUCAUCUGAUUUAAGAUAUAAUGCGGAAUCACAAAAUGAUUCUGUGAAAAAUUCAUGUCCCAUCAUAGAUGAAGUAGAAAAAAAAGAAGAAACUAUAAAAGCAACGAUAGAAAAUGUUACUUCUGAAACACCUGUACCUACAACAGGAUUUGAUAAAAACACUGGGGAUGAUAUGCAAAGUCAACCGAGCAUGAGUAAUUCGCAAGAAUUCAGUCAACCCCUCGCAACGAGUACACCAGUAGAAAUGCGUCUUCCUUUCUUCUUAGAAGUUAAAGAAAGCGACUCCGCGUUAAUUAAAACGGAGAACAAAUCGAUUGCUAAUAUUAACGAUUCUGAAAAAUGUGAAACGUCUAAACAACGCAAUGAAACCUUUGUAACAGGAGAUGACAUAGAUAACAUAAAUGAUGAUUUAUCUUCUACCAAUGAAUCUGAAGUAUCCGUUUCUGCGUAUUUUUUAUUGCAGAAUACAAGUGACAUAGAAAGAAAAGAUAAAGAUGCAACUAUUAACCAAACGUAUAAAAAAGAAGGAUUUAUUUCUGUGCUCGAAGAAACGUACAAUGGCCCUCUUGAAAAUUCUUUUAAAGAAAGAGAACGUUUUGACAAGUUAGAAGAGCAUAACGUAUUGAAGUUUAGCGCAUCAACGCAUUCAUUGCCGUCGUUACCGCAAUUUCAGUUUCAUACGUACGAAGAAUCUAAUGUAAGAGAAGAUAUGGACCACAAAGUAACUGCAGACUUUAUGUCGAAAACUUCGUCUAGCAUUGAAAGUUUAAUACAGUCUUCAUGCAAUGACGUGCACGAUACAACGCAUAAGAAUAGACAACGGCGCAUGUUAGAUUUAAUUAGAAUAAUUGAUACAAAGAUGAUGGAAUAUUCAGAAGGUUACAACAAUAAUGGUAACGGUCGGUUCAGAAGGAAAAGACGGGAUAAAGUAUACAGGAAUAUUAAUCCCAGGAACUUGCAUAAAAAUUUGCAUAAUCGGUGUCUAAGGAGGCGCCUUCAGAAUUUCAACCAUACAGAAAUUAUAAACGAAUCCAUGCCUGAUACCUCUUCCUACAAUUCUUCUCUCGAAAGCAUAAUCACUAGCGAUAUGUUAAUUAAAUCACGCUUACGCAGAACAACUGAAUCAUUUCGUUCAAAACAAAGCUUUCCCAUCAGAAGAUACGCGGUCGAUUCUGUGUCCUAUGAAAUUACUCCCAAGGAAUUAACUGUAGAUAGUCAUAGCAGCGAUUCGGUUAAGGACAAUGGUAGCAUUAUAGAAAUGAAGGAACUAAGGCCAAGAGAUACUAACCCUUCAAUAUCAUCCACAUCCAUAGAUCCUGCGGUAUAUAAGAGUCAUAGCAUUUGUAAUAUAAUAAGAGAAGUAUCAAAUGAUGAUGAAUUUACUAAUAUUACUAACACUGCUAAUAUUACUUACAACUCGUGUGUGUCCCGUCCUUCUCCCGAUCACAGGCAACAGGACGAGGCAUCUCUAAGUCCAUCAUAUCCACUUCCGGCUGUUCCUUCCGUGGUGUCAAAAGUAUCUCAGAUACCAACAACUAAGGCACAACCCACUGCAUCAUUGCAUCGAAGGUCCAGUGAUUCUGACUUGAGCAUUACCCCAAAAGGUAAUUCUCUGGGAACAGAUCGGUCAAUGACUGGAUUUCUGAAGACAUCAAAUGCUGUGAUAAGAACAAUGAAUCAGGAUGCAUUUGAAAUGUUAGAAUACCCAUUUAUCACUAUGCAACAGUAUCCAGCAGGUUUUAUUUUACACAUUGGUGGCCUUGUGAGUUCAAGAUCAGUCAAGCUAUUAGAAAGAAUUAGUAAUUUAGAAGAGCCUGAAAGUCGCGAUGCUUGGUGGAAAGAAGUUAGGAUGGAAGUUCGAUCGCAUGCAAGAGCAUUAGCGUGCAAUGUAGUCAUUGGUUAUAAGGAAGAAACUAGUAUUUGUGAUGAUGUUUGCGUACUGAACGCUUACGGCACAGCAGCAGUAAUUAAUCUUUACAAUUCAAAUCAGGAGCCGGAUAAUGUUUUCAUCGGCAAAGGACAAUCAGGAUCAAUCGUAAAUCCCGUAGAAACAGAACGCGAAAAAACUCAACAAAAACCAAUACCUGUGAAAGCAGAGAAAAGCGAAACUGAGGCGUCUGCGCCUGUUUCAACGCAUCAAACUGGCAAAGUGAGACACACAUCUGAGAGCAAGGAUCACGAAGUUCAAUUCCAAAGCAAGUGCAGUCUCUGUCAUUUACCUUAUAACGAGGUGAGCGUUCCGUUUCGCGUGAACGUCUCGAAAUGUGCUAUAUGCAAGCGCGCCAGGGUACCAGACGUAAUGUUCACAACAAUAGAGCUACCGGAAAACGUAUUAAUGACAGGACGAGGAUGUAUUAUACAAGCAACCGCGUGCAAGACCAAAAAAGAUCUUCGAGGAGAAUUAAAUGCCAAAGAGAUAUCGGACUGUUUGCCGUUCUUGGAGUACGAAUUACAUAGUUUGUUAUUAAACAAAUUAAAGGUCAAAGGGAUGAACGCAAUAUUUGGCUUGAAGCUACAAGUUUCUGUUGGAGAGCGAUUGAUCAUCGGCAUGGCUGUGGGCACUGCUGUCUUUUUAACCGCAUUACCCACCCCUUCUAUACCGCAAAUCGCAUCUGGGAAUUCUUGGCCCAAAGAGGAGCAAUUAGCGAAAAUUCAGAAGACUCUGGUCGAAACUGUUAAAAAAAACAGAGAGUUCUAUCGUCUCAAACAAGUUAGCGAUGUUGAAAACGGACGAGUUACAACUUCGGAUACAGAUGACUCGGACGAAGAUCUGCCAGAUUUAGAUUUUAAUGUUGGUACUAGAGAUGCCUGCGUAUUAGAAGUAGACGACAUCGAAGAUAUGGAUCGAAUAUCGUUACUGAUGGACGACAGACCUCCAGAUGAUUUCCACGUAGUAAAUACGCAAACUAUACCUGGUCUUGACGAAUUGGAGAUUGUAAGGAAUUUACAGAUGUUCACGCAAAUUUCGAGGACAAAGAUACCAGCAGGACAGUUUGCGUCUAUGCCUUCAAAAUAUUUCGCCCGUUUACUUCAAUCCGUAUACUUCAAGCUGAGGAGAAUGAUACCUUGUGCACUUUGCGAUAUGCAGUUUAAAUUGGCACUUCCGGAACCAGACGAAAUACAAUUUACGGUAAUCGGUAUGGCUCUUGGAUUAGGGGAUCCGGUAAAAGUGAACAAGUUGAAAAAGAAGCUAAUGACCCAUUCCAUCAGCAAGGAUCAAGUUAAGAAAUCUGAUGACAGUGAUAUGAUAUUCAAUCUUGACGUGGACCAUGCCGAGGUUUCGUCGGACAAUGCAUCCAAUAUUGUCACACUAAACUCCUCCACUCUGAUUAAUACCCCAGGCUUGAAAUCCAGAACUCGUUCACCACUGCGGACGAAAAUUCACGCGAUGCAUAAACACAAACAUGUGCCUUUAAAGGGAAGAUAUGGCGUGGAUAUAACGCCUCUGUCUUAUUUGCCAGGUGGUCGCAUCGAGAGGUACUUAGGAAACUUGAACUUUUUCUUUAUUCGUGAAAGCACAUCGAUCAGAGAGAACGGCGGUUUGAGCGGGUUUACGCAUAGUUUUGUAAUGGAGGUUUUGGCGAUCGUUCGGGCACACAUUACGGCCUUGGGAGGUAACGCAAUGGUGGCAUUUUUCAUGACUAAGUGUGUGCUUCUUCACAGUCCCCAUAAAAAUCAGGGUCAGUGUUUAAUAAAUGUCGGCGGGGACGUGGUGUCCGUGUCGUAUUUCGCGAACGAAAAGCACUGUGGAACUACAAAUUGCUGACCCCAGCCUCCUCAUUCUGCACCACCAUAGCUGCAACUACACGCCGAGAAUCAACGUCGGAAGUUUGACUUCUCGGUGAACGUCAUUGGACGUUUCGGGCGGACCGUGACUCAGUACCCUGUGAUAGGAUAGGGCUUGUAAAUAUUCGAUUUUCUAGCAUAAGUACGUAACUUCGGAUAAAGCUCACGGACGUUGAAUUUGUAAUAUUAGUUAAGCGGCUUCGCGUAAUUGAUAUCGAUCAAUUGUGCCACAUGACGCACAUAUUCGACGAAGCGGUUCUAGGGGCACGCUUAAAGUGUUCUAAAUCAGCUUUGAUGAUUAGGUGCCUUCAGAAUUGUCCAUAACGUUUGCGGAGAAUUUUUUUUAUCCAACGAUAUAACCGUUGCUUGUUAUCGUUGUUGCAGGCAAACUAUACGAUUCGGGCAUCUGAGUAGCUCAAUUUUUCUUUUAACUGCAAUAUUAAGUACAUAUAUAUAUAUAUAUAUAGUUCUUUUAAUGCGUGCUAUCGACUUUUUGUCGCGCAGAAGUAUGUAUCGUUAUUAUUAUUUUCAGUAUUUUUAUUUUUAAGAAACGCAAUAAUUGGUGUUAAUUCAAACUACAGUCGUUUACAUUUGGAGUGUGACAAGAAUUGAGGUUGAUGACCUGUAAGAAAUUAAUCACUCGUUAAAUAU